AUGUCAACUACUACAACGUCGUCGACUACUGCUCCAGAAGGAGUUAUCAAUGCAUCAGAUAUAUUAGCACAAAAUAAGUUCUCUAGUCAUUUGGUUGAAAAGGAAGAUUCUCUAUUAUACGAUUUGGGUAAUCUCUGUGCUUUUGAUUUCUCUUCUCUAAAUAAAGCUGAAUACAAUGAAAACCCAGAAGAAUAUAUAAAUAAGAUUAGCAGAGAUAAUGUUCAAUUGUUGAUUACUAGAAUGUUCCAAUUGGACAGUAAAGUUGUAGAGUCUGGUGCUUUAGCAUUAUUACCCAAACCACUUACCCCAAUACCAAGAAUGAAGCCAAUUCCAGAAGCCAAACAACAGACUAGAUGGGAAGCAUUCGCAGCCAUCAAGGACAUCAAAAAGAGAAAGAAAGACAGCAAGGUAUGGGACGAGACACACAAGGAAUGGAGACACUCAUGGGGAUACAAACGUGCAAACGACGAAGGCGAGAACUUUGCCAUGUACGCCAAUCCAAAUAACCCCGAACAAGACCCAUUCCAAAAACUUAUCGACGACAAAAAGGAGCGUGUCGACAAGAACAAACGUCUCGAACAACGUAAUCUCGACGAAUCACACAAGCGUUCCAGCUCGAUGGUUGGCAGCAACAAUGGUUUGGAUUUCUCCAAAGAGAAUCGUGGUCAAAUCAAAAACGACGUUAGAAAUACACUAAAUGUUGCCAAGGUUUCAACAGCCAGCAUGGGCAAAUUCGACAAAGUCCUCGAAGGCGACAAGAAGUUGCCAACCAGAGGUGUCAAGCGUUUGGCCGGUCUCGGUGACAACAAUAUCCAAGGUGAAUCUGAAAACAGUCUCAAGAUGGUCAAGCGUAUUCUCAACAAGGAGGAAGGUAUUCUCAAUGUUGACAAGGCUACCAACCAAUUCAUCACCAACGAGAACAAGGAAAAUAUGAAAAAGAAAUUCAAAGAUGGAGGUAGACCAAUUAAAAAAUCAAAGAAAUAA